AUGUACGGGUGGGGCACGAAAAUUCCCGGCAGGCCUGACCUGGGGAAAACGCUGAGCACCAGACCAAUCCCGAGGAGGCUGCCGAACACCGGGGGCCACCAUCGGGCGCAAAAACUGCCGGGGAGGGCGCACCACCCUGCUAAGGCUAGAAAGUUGCUGUCUAGUCUGACCAGCAUGGACAGUCCGGUCCAAUGCUUCCUGGGCCGCCGUCCCAAACAUCUGACCCGGCUCGACAGGCACGUCACGGAGGGUCCUACGACAGGCCUCAGUCAGGGGAGACUGAGCCAGCCAUACCUGCCGACGAGCCUGUACAAGGACCGACAUGACCCGUCCGAGUUCCCUGGUCAUCAAGGCAAAAGCAUGCAGAGCUGCGUCGCUAAACGCAGUAACAUCAGUGCCCACAGCACUACCCUCUUGGAGGGAGGCAGACAGGGCAAGCAGCAGAUGCGCUAA